AUUACACAAUCAUCACCAACAUCACCUUCUUCACCAACACCUGACAUGGGUUUUUCUGAUGAAGAAAAAGAAACUGUUAAAAUGCUCCCUUCAUUAUUCCGUUGUGCCAAAGUUGAUCGUACUUGGUUUGGUAUAUGUGAUUGUCAUCUGGUUGCAUACGAGGCACCUGGGGAAAGACAAGCCGCAAAAGGAUUACAUUUAUCAGGACCUUCAGCCGUACCAUAUGAACAAUUAUCUGUUUGGCAUAUUGAACAACUGCUGACCCUAUUUACAUGGGCCUUUAUAAUGGGAUUGAUUACAAGUUGGUGUUAUCUUUGUGGAUAUGCAAAAAAAGAUGGAAACAAAUGUCAUGUCGGAAAAGUAUGUGUAUUUGAUGUAAUUGAGAAAUUAAAAUGGGAUAUAAGUUUAAAAACACACAGUAUCAAAGAGGUGAUUGAGAAAAUUUUAACUCUUUGGAAUGAGACUUAUAAACUUUGCAAUGCCGGAAUGGCUAAUUUUUUGUUUUUUUUAUAUGAGCAUUGGUCAUUUUAA